GUCAAAAUCACAUGAUGAUUGUUUUGGUUCUGUGAUCAGUGAGAAAAUAAAAGUUUCAUCAGAAUCACAAAUUUUGUUAAAAUGCCGAAAACUCGCGACGAAGUGUGCCAGCUGAUGGACAAACUGCUGCUCCACUCGCUGGAGCUGAUGGAGCAGGAGGUGAAGCUGAAAACCACCAUCGAAACCGUAACCAACGACGGCCAGCUGGAUUUAGCGCACACUCGGUUCACCAAGGGACCGCAAUCCGUUUCGGCGGUCCAGUUGCCGACCGAGGACUACCGGGAUUUCAGCGCACUGAACUCGCUUACCGAGGACCGGGACGAGCUGGGCAAUGCCCAGCUGUCCCUGGAUCAACAUCCGGUCGAUAAGGAAGCGGGAUAUAUCGAUCCAAUCAGGUGGUUUGGGAUUUUGAUUCCGGCGACGCUGCAAAGUGCCCGGACCAAGUUUGGCCGGGCACUGGAGUAUGUGGUCGAGUGUGGCAACGUGCAGAUUCAGCUGCGGAACGCUCUCCUCAGCUAUGGGACGCUGAGGAAACUGAAGGCGGAGUUGUAGAGCUUAGGAUUAGAUUGUUGGAUAGAUAUAUUAAUGUAUCGAAAUUAUAUUUUAGUUUGAUAAAUUAAACAAAUACAUAUUCCAUUCAAAUCAA